AAAGUUUGGAAGUACGCGCGAGGAUUAUUUGAGAGAGUUCUGUCACUUUUAGAAAUAACUUUAACAGUACAGCGAUUAAAAAACCUAAAUCACAUGGGACAAUUGCAACGCCGUUAUAUGUGAUUGAUAAGUUCACAGAACCACAGGACAAUGGCUGUACCUUUUGUGAAAGAUUGGGAUGUUGUACAGACCCUUGGAGAGGGUGCUUAUGGAGAGGUGCGACUGCUCGUCAACAAGAAGACUGAAGAGGCUGUGGCAGUGAAAGUGGUGGACAAGGCCAAAGCGAAAGAUUGCAUUGAGAAUGUGAAGAAAGAGGUGUGCAUAUGCAAGAUGCUUUCACACCCCAACAUAGUACGCUUCUUUGGCCACCGUAGUGAAGGGGAGACCCAGUAUAUCUUUCUAGAAUACUGCAGUGGAGGGGAGCUUUUUGACCGAAUUGAGCCAGAUGUAGGGAUGCCAGAAAAGGAGGCACAUAGGUUUUUUCAGCAGUUAAUAGCUGGUGUGGAAUAUCUCCACAGCAUUGGGAUUGCUCAUCGUGACAUUAAGCCUGAGAAUAUUCUUCUUGAUGAUAAAGAUAAUCUGAAGAUCUCUGAUUUUGGACUGGCUACAAUGUUCCGCCACCGUGGCAGGGAGCGGCUGUUGGUCCGUCUAUGUGGCACCCUUCCUUACGUUGCUCCUGAGCUGAUGUCAUACUCUGCAUUCCACGCUCAACCUGCAGACACUUGGGCUUGUGGCAUUGUGCUAACUGCAAUGUUAGCAGGAGAGUUACCAUGGGACCAGCCUAGUGAAAACUGUCAGGAGUAUUUGGAUUGGCUGGAGAAGAAGGUCUACCUAACACCCUGGAAGAAAAUUGAUGCUGUGCCCCUCAGUCUACUCUCUAAAAUGUUACUACAUAAUCCAGAGGACAGGAUCACCAUCCCUGAAAUUAAAAAACACCGUUGGUUUAGCAGAAGUUUCAAAUCAGGAGUAAAACGACAGAGUGACGCACCAUUUGCCAAAAUGCAUCGGGCUGACUCUGAAAUCUCACAGCUGACACGAAAAAAUAGUGAUGACAGAGCACAGAUCUCCAGCUCUCAGCCUGAGCCACAGGGACUGUGGGAGGAGAGGGAGGUUUCCGUGUGUUCUGAUGUCAGUGUUAGCUUUUCCCAGCCUGCCUGUCCAGAUCACAUGCUACUAGGCAGCCAACUUAUUGGCACACCAGGUGCCAGCCAGAACCCAUGGCAGCGGUUGGUGAGGAGGAUGACCAGGUUCUUCACUACUAUAAAGGCAGAACCAUCUUGCAUUGCUCUACGUGAUGCCUGUGUAGCUAUGGGUCACACAUGGAAACAGAGCUGCACCAAUCAGGCGACAGUGUCUACAAUGGAUCGCCGCAAUAAUAAGCUCAUUUUCAAAGUGCACUUCCUGGAAAUGGAGGAACGCAUUUUAGUUGAUUUCCGUCUUUCAAAGGGUGACGGUUUGGAAUUCAAGAGAAUAUUCCUGAAGCUGAAACAGAAACUUUCUGACAUUAUUAGUAACCAAAAAGUUUUGCCUAUGACUUGAUGUGUCUCUUCAGUACAUUUAAACUGGUGUAUAUUUUACUUUUUACACAUGCAUACACACACACACUUGUUUCAAAUUUUUAUGUUUGUGGAGUAUGUCUUUUAGUUUUAGAUGUUUUAUUUGUAGUUGAAUCUUUUUCAUGGAUGAAGGAUGUUCAUUGUUUUGUUUGUUUUGUGAAUGGAGUGUGGAGAAACAGUACAAUUUAGUAAAUCUGUUCAUUGGUGUUCUGUUCAUAAUGAUAAAAUCCAAAAUUUAAAAUAAAU